AUGGCGUCGAAAAACUUCAAAGUCAUCAUUGCCGGUGGUAGCAUCGCAGGCCUAUCCCUGGCCUUGAUGCUCGAAAAGAACGGCAUCGACUAUGUGAUACUCGAAGGCUAUCCUAGCAUCGCACCCCAAGUUGGCGCCGGUCUUGGAGUUCUUCCAAAUGGCCUGCGCGUCCUGGACCAACUGGGCUGUUAUGAGGCAGUGAUGGAAAUAGCCGAACAUCCCAUCGACAGCUUUUAUAUGCGAGAUUCCCAGGCUCGGAAGUUCUAUUCUUAUGAGGCCCUUGGCAAGAAUUGUAUAGAGGGGCAUGGAUAUCCUAUUGUUUUCAUCGAUCGUCGGAUGUUGAUUCAGAUUCUUUACGAUAAGAUUGAAGACAAGUCCAAGGUUCACACUUCUGAGAGAGUGGCCAGUGUGGUGAAUAGCGACUCGCAUGUCACUGUCACUACCGAAGGAGGCAAAUCCUAUACAGGGGAUAUUGUCGUGGGAGCAGACGGUGUUCACUCGACUGUCCGCCAGGAAAUGUGGAAAGAAGCCAACAAAUCUGAUCCAACGUGGAUAGAUCCGGCAGAGAAAGAAGCUCCUCCCGCGACCUACACGUGUCUGUUCGCCAUAUCAAGAGGCGUCCAAGGGCUUGACAAGCACUCGAUUACAUCUGUCUUGAAUGAGGGUUUCUCCCAUUUCGUUGUUGAUGGCCCUGGCGACAGGACAUACUGGGGCUUGUUCCAGAAUAUCGGAAAAACUGUCCACGGCUCAGAGAUUCCACGAUUCACCAAAGAGGACGAGAAGAAACUUGCCAAAGAACACUGGAACGACCGUAUCACGCCCGAUGCGCGGUUUUCCGACCUUUACGAAAACAAGAUUGCCUCGGUGUAUACGAGUCUGCCCGAGUAUGUGUAUAAAAAGUGGUAUUUCCAGAGGAUCAUGACCAUUGGCGAUUCCAGCCACAAGUUCCAUCCGCUCACCGGACAAGGAGGAAAUAACUGCAUAGAAACAGCCGCAUCUCUCACCAACCACCUCAUUGCUGCUCUUAAAAAAAGCCCAUAUCACUCACUGUCCACGGCGGAAACCUCCUCUAUCUUUGAGAAAGUCCAACGCCAACGUGAAGAUCGUGUUUCGGGCUUGAUCAAAGACUGCCAUGCUCGACAGCGCCUGGAAGCCCUCGAAACGCCGUUGAUGAAACUCAUCGCUAAAUACGUCCUUCCAUACAUGUCUCAUCAGACAGUGCAGCAGGGCUUAUCGAAGGCGUAUUGUCCAUCCGUUUCGUUGGACAUGCUCCCCAUGCCCAACAGGCCCCGGUCGAUUCCUUACCAUGAUGAACUGCUGCGGAAACCGACGACAAGGGGGUAUAUCCAGACUUUGAUUUAUGCCGCGUUCAUUCUCAUGGCAUAUGCUGCUCAUCGCUUGUUGUUUGUCGCUGGUGAUACGAAUGGUACCUGGUCUCUGGUCCGUGAUUCUCUCCAGGCAAAGUCGAUCAUCGAAAUGGAUACCCCCCUUCGCCAGGUGUACACUGGAGCAAAAGGCAUUGAUAUGUUACUUCAAACGUUGAUCACACUUUUCCUCCCGGUGGUUCAAAGUCCAUCCACGCCAGAACAACCAUUACAACUCCUCUACUUCCUGUCCGCCGUGUUGCCAUUGAUUGCGAUAAUCAUGGUGGAAGCCUAUCGACAAAGAAACAGCUGGACUCUUCUUGCAAGUCCCAUCCUAUGGGGUGUUGCCUUUCAACUUCGCGGAAUUGGGUUCAUCGCUCCGAUUUACUUCUUAGUGACCGCAUUUACGUCCCGUCAGAAAACGUACUUUUUACCAACGAGUAGAAGCGUUUCAACAUUAUCAGCCAAAGCUAUCCUUCCAGCCCUGUUGCUGGGAUAUGUAAUUCCGACGAUGCUUAUGUUCUUCCCAAUUGGUGAUACCAGUACCCGUCAGGCUAUCUUUGCCAUGUGGCAGCCAUCGCCGGUGGUGGUCGUUAUCCUAACGGAAAUCUUCUCUCGAGCUAUCGGAUGGAUGGAUACAUCGGAGCAAAAGAACGACAGCGAGACGAGCAAAAACAACGAUCUUCCCCAUCUUGCCAGUAUCUACAAAGGAACCGGUGUCACCGCGGCCUGUUUGCAUCUUACGGUUGUUUUCGCUUGCCUGGUAUCCGACAACCUCUCCCUUACCCGCUUAUUCCUCCCACAGGACUCAUUUGCCCCUGUUAAGACAGUGGCAGAAGGAGCUUUUAUCUUCUUCCAGAACGACUUCUUGGUCUGUGCUCUUGCUGCCUUUUUGGGAUCCUGGGUUAGCGUUUGUGAUAUGUACAGAGUUGGUGUUUCGAACGUGGGUUGGUUGAGUGCUCUUGUUGGAUUAAUUGCUGGUUAUUGUCUCGUUGGACCAGGCGCAACCAUUGCGGCUGUUUGGUACUGGAGGGAAUACAAGAUGGUCCACAAGGAUUCCAUCAAGGGGUGA